GGGGCACAGACAGCCCCAGAGGGUGCCCAGACACCAUCAGAGGGCACACAGACAGAAGGGUUGGGGUUGAGGUGAUGCCUUGUGGUGGGGGUGACCCCAUAACUGGCCCCACACCACGCGCCUUGGGCUCAGCUCCAGGACGGCCCCGUGCCACAGCGCUGCAGCCGUGUGACAGCGUGAAAUCACAUCCCCAUCGGUGCCAGAGGAUGGGAUUGGGGGAUGGAGAUCCCCUCCCACACACCCACCCACCCCAUAAACCCAGUGUCCGCACCCAGAGCUACGCCAGCACCAUGGGCACCGCACCGAUGUGGCUCAUCGUCCUCAGCGCAGUCACUGCUGUCAUGGGCCAGGAAGACCUCUACAGAAAGGUGUUUGUGUUCCGGGAGGACCCCAGCCACGCAUACGUACUGCUGCAGGCGAGGCCGGAGCAUCCCAUGCUCAACUUCACCGUGUGCCUGCGAUCCUACACUGACCUCACCAGACCGCACAGCCUUUUCUCCUACGCCACCAAAGCUCAAGACAACGAGAUCCUCCUCUUUAAACCCAAACCUGGCGAGUACCGCUUCUACGUCGGGGGGAAAUACGUCACCUUCCGCGUCCCCGAGAACCGUGGGGAAUGGGAACACGUCUGUGCCAGCUGGGAGUCGGGCAGCGGCAUCGCUGAGUUCUGGUUGAACGGGCGCCCGUGGCCCCGUAAAGGGCUGCAGAAGGGUUACGAGGUGGGCAACGAGGCGGUGGUGAUGCUGGGGCAGGAGCAGGAUGCCUACGGGGGAGGCUUCGAUGUCUACAACUCGUUCACGGGGGAGAUGGCAGAUGUCUACCUGUGGGAUGCGGGGCUGUCCCCGGAUAAGAUGCGCUCUGCAUACCUGGCACUGAGGCUGCCACCUGCUCUGCUGGCCUGGGGACGCCUCCGCUAUGAAGCCAAGGGGGAUGUAGUGGUGAAACCACGGCUGCGUGAGGCACUGGGGGCCUGAGACCCCCCCAACAUCCCCUCUCCCCCUUUGCUGUCCCCUCUGUAUGGUGUCACCCACUCGGCACAACCAUGGGGAUGUGAUGCUCAGGGAGAUGGGGACACCCCCAACCCUGGGUCGCCCCUCUCCUGCUGACUCCCCAUGGCACACAGUGCUGUCCCCAUCCCUGUCCUGAGGACCCCGUCCUUCCCCUGCUCCAAAAUAAACCAUGAAAGCUCCAGGUGAUGAUAACAAAAGCGAGCACACAUCGAUCCCACUGGGGAUGGGAGGGCAUGGCGCGGAUUUGGGGACGGCCCCCCCUUGAUG